CUCGCUUUUACCCUUGGCUUCGUCAAUCUCUUUUCCCCUCCUUCUCUUCUUCUUCUUCUGGCUCUUGCUCUUGCUGCUGCCUGUGAAUCCACUUCCCGAGCCUCUCCUGGAUGGCUUGUGUCGCAACUUCCUGACCUCUCCUGCAGUCGGUCGGCUGUUUUGUUUACUGCCUCGGAUUACCUCACGACCCUCUGCAGGGCCUCCUGGCUUGCACAUAAGCCUCAAUUCGUCCCCGUAUCGCUGCAAUCUCAUGCCCGAGUGCUGAACUCCAACUGUUUGACCGUCCUUCUUUUUUUAUCGUCUCGUCUCGCCAGCCUUUUCCUCGAUCAGCUACAGACAAAACACGCGCCGGAUCCCUUCCCAAUUGCUCUUUCGACUCCUUUGUCCACCCCCGUUCCUAACUCAAAUCCGACGUUCGCUCGUUCCCCUUUUUGGCCCCUCAUCGCGACGCAGCUCCUUCGAGCUUGACUCAGAAAGAGAGAGAGAGAAAAAAAAACAUCCAACACCUACCCUUCAGCAAGAGAGAUUCCCAACACUCGUUCCACCAUGGCGUCGCCGUCUCUUUCCAGCUUGGAGCAGCGCAAUCGCCUCCCCACGCUCUUCGAAGUCCUCAGUCGCCGGACCCUCGCUCCCGUCGACCUGUUUUCCUUCUAUAUCUAUAUGCGGGACCAGCAGCGCUCGGUGGAUUAUCUGGACUUCUGGCUCGAUGUCUCGCAACACAUGUCCCUCUGUCGUCAUUACGUUCGGGAACUACGUCGGUCCGUUUUGGUAGCUACGCCUGAUCUUGAGAAGGCCGACAGCAAAGGCUCUUCCGGCGCAUUGGAUAAUAUCGAGCAUUACAAUGACAUCCCGCUUGUGGAAGCAGGACCGUCCAACUCGCGCCAUGGAUUAAACGAUGUGGGCGACCGGGAUGCUGACCAGAGACUGUCGGCGUUUCUCCGCUCUGAAGGUCAAACAUCCGGACACUCGCCUCAAAGCAGUCUUGGUUCGCAGAAUGUUGCUCGCGUCACCUCGAAUGAGCAGCCGCCUCGGGACAGUUCUGGAACACGGAAUGACUCGCCUUCUCCAGGCCACACGGUGGCACGUGCCGAUAUUCGCGCCAGCGCAGAGAAGAUUCUGUAUACGUACCUGCUUCCGGGGGCAGAGAGAGAAAUCGUUCUGCCCGAGGAGAUGGUAUCCGGCAUCAUCAAUCUGAUCGAGGACGACGGCAGAGAUGAUCCUGAAGUAUUUGAUCCGGCGAAAGACUAUGUCUUUCAGGCAAUGGAGCGCGACGCUUUUCCAGGGUUCUUGCAGGCCAAAGCUUUGGGAAAUCUAGUCCCCUUGACGAUCCUCGCACGACUGGCGUUUGCCCUUAUCAGCUUCGGUGGAGGCUUCUGGGGCGCAUUCUACGUGGUUCUCCGGGACAAACCCCGGCAUAUCCGUUGCUGGUUGAUCUUGCCUUUUGCCAUUGCCUCUUACUUCAUCGUCUCGUACCAGUACAAGAUUGACCCGGUCAUGGCUUUCCUCGGUUACAGCGAGUACACGUUCAUGAAUUGGUCGCCGAUUCGCGAGCCAUACGUGCGCAAACUACUGAACAAGCGGGCCACUGCCACUGCCAUGAUCGCCUUCUUUGUUGCCGCAGCGUUGAGUAUACUGUUCAUCUUUGUGCCCGGUACUAUGCUCUAAUCUCCGUAAUAUUGCGUAUACCCCUGCCGAUUUCAAUUCGAAAUCUGUUUCAAUUUCUACGGCCGCGUGAUACCGCUUUUGGGCAGCAUAUAUGUGCAUCUUGAUUCUUUCUGAGCGUUAGCCAGCGUAUCUUGCUUCUUGGGUCCAAUUCAGCGCAUGGAUAUAAAGAGAGCUUUUGCCUCCCCGAAUGGCCUCGGGGAUUCUCUUAAUGUGAGAAGGGGCAGAUACCCAGUGCUUGGAGCUCCAGAGAUGGCUGCUGUAGAGCACCCAUGCCCCUGGUCCCAUAGCAAGUGGGAUUUACAUCUGCCAACCAACUAUCCAUGGACUGGCGUGACACACCAGGUCCGUCGGGUCACGACGUUCAUUUCACACACCCUACACCUUGUGUAUAUUGGGUUUCCUUUCAUUGUUUAUUUACCUUUCUUACAUAAUACCCCUCAUCUGCUGGAUUUGCAUGUACGUUAAACGAUUUCUCUGAGGCUUUGGUGUUGUGGAUAGUCCACGGUAAUUAGAUUCUAUUAUGAUAUACUGAUGCCAUAUAUAUGUC